AUGGAGCUGAACAGACUGCUCCUCCUCACAUCCUUUCUCCUGCACGUGGAAGAGAGCCGUGCCAGCCCAACGCGGCUGGUCUGCGACAACAGGCUCAUCCAGAUGUACAUUGGGGAGGCCAAGGACAUGGAGAAGAGAGUGGGCCAGUGCCAGGCACUGCCCACACUCAGCUGCCCUGCGGUGCUGCCCUUGGUGGACUUCAGCCUCCAGCAGUGGAAAUCCAAAUCGAACGAGACCAAGCAUCAGGAGAUCCUGUGUGACCUGGCACUGCUGGUGCGUGCUGUGGACAUGGCCCAGCAACAGGUGACCGAGGAGUGCGAGUCCAAGCAGCUGAGCCAGCUUUAUCAACGCACCCACUUCUUCCUCCUACUCCUGCAGGCCUUCAGCUGGGAGGCAGGACCCUGGGAGCCAGGCUGCUCCCCGCGCUCCACGGAGCAGUCCCGUAUCACCAGCAUCUUCCUCACCUACCGGCAGCUGGUGCAGGGAAAGCUGCGCUUCUUCUUCUACGACCUGGCCAAAGACUUGUGCAAGCAAGGCCAGGGGAGCGGCAGAGACGGGGUCCGAUGA